UUCAUCUCGUCCCUCCAAUUUUUCCUUCAAUACUGGCUUGUCCGCCUUUUCUCCCUGUCGUCACAAUCACGGCCCAACAUGGCUGCGAGCAUGUUGGAGCCACUCCCGGUCACUGUCUCCCAACCGAAGCCACCGUCGCUCGGCCGUGGCUCCGACGACGGUAGUCCCCACAAGGCAACCGCCAUUCCCUUUCCGAAGGUUCGACAAUCGCACGGACCUAUGCAAGCUGCUCAACUCUCGCACCGUACACACGUGACUCUCCUUGACGAACCCGUCGAUUCCUACACCUACGCUUCGGUUCUUGAACCUUGCGAGUGCCCGAAUCUCGGGAAGCAAGUGCACGGACACGCCCUCAAAUGUGGGUUUUGCGGGCAUGAGUUUGUGGAGACCAAGUUGCUCCAAAUGUAUGGCAAGUGUGGUCGUUUGGACGAUGCGUUUAGGGUGUUCGAUGAAAUGCCUCAGAGGAACUUGUACUCUUGGGCAGGCAUUAUAGGUGCUUGUUUGGAUCGUGGGUAUUUCGAGGAGGGUCUCUUAUUAUUUCGGGAACUACAACUCGAGGACAUUGAGCUGGAGUUUUUCUUGUUCCCUAUUGCGAUGAAGAUGUGUAGCGGCCUUGACGCAGUAGAAUUAGGUAGACAAAUGCAUGGGAUGGUGAUCAAGCACCAACAUUUGUCCAAUAUCUACGUGUGCAAUGCUCUUAUAGAUAUGUACGGCAAGUGUGGAAGCUUAGAAGACGCAAAGAGAGUUUUGGAGAGUAUAACUCAGAGGGAUCGCGUCUCGUGGAAUUCUGUCAUUACAGCAUGUAUUGCCAAUGGCAUGGUCUAUGAGGCAUUAGAGUGUUUGGAGAAGAUGCUUCGUGUGGACGGUUUGGUGCCGAAUCUUGUUUCAUGGAGUGCCGUCAUUGGAGGAUUCUCGCAGAAUGGUUAUGAUGAGGAAGCCAUUGACCUGCUAGCAAGAAUGAUUAUGGAAGGGUUUAAACCGAAUGCACGGACUCUGGCCAGUGUUCUUCCAUCUUGUGCCAGACUACAAGAGCUAAAGCUUGGAAGAGAAAUCCACGGCUAUAUAACAAGACACAAGUUCAUGUAUAACUCUUACGUUGUGAAUGGUUUAGUAGAUGUGUACAGAAGAUGUAGGGACGUGACAAGUGCUGAAAACAUGUUUGAAAAUUUUUCUGUCCAAAAUGAAGUAGCUUACAACACCAUGAUGGUUGGGUAUUUGGAGAACGGUGAAAUACAGAAAGCCAGGGCAUUGUUUGACAGAAUGGAACAAGAAGGUGUCAAGAAGAGUACUAUCUCAUGGAAUUCACUCAUUUCAGGUUAUGUAGACAACUCCCUGUUUGACGCAGCUUUGGAACUGUACCUUUGUAUGCUAUCCGAAGAAGGGGUUCAACCUGAUUCUUUUACUUUGGGAAGUGUUGUAACUGCUUGUGCUAAUGUGGCUUCUUUGAGACAAGGAAAGGAGAUGCAUUCUCAUGCGAUUGUUCUAGGCUUGCAUUCCAGUCCCUUUGUAGGUGGGGCCUUGGUGGAGAUGUACAGCAAGUGCCGUGACAUGGUAGCGGCGCAGUCGGCAUUCGAUCAAGUGGCUGAACGGGACACGACAACAUGGAAUGCUCUAAUAUCAGGUUAUUCCCGCUGCAAUGAGAUCGAAAAUAUUCAAAGACUUGUCAAAAGGAUGAAGCAGGAUGAUUUCGAGCCAAACAUCUACACCUGGAACAGUAUCCUUGCUGGUUAUGUGGAGAACGGCCAUCACGAUUCGGCUAUGAUCUUGUUCUCUGAUAUGCAGAGUGCAAGGUUUAGGCCUGAUGCCUACACAAUUGCAAUGAUCCUAACAGCAUCCUCUAGAUUGGGAACAAUGGACCGAGGCAAGCAGUGCCAUGCCUACUCAAUCAGGUGUGAGUAUGAAUCUGAUGUCUACAUUGGAGCUGCCCUAGUCGACAUGUACGCUAAAUCCGGCAGCAUCAUGCACGCUAUGCGGGCUUACGACAAAAUUGCGAAUCCUAACUUGGUGUCUCACAAUGCCAUGCUGACUGGAUAUGCAAUGCACGGUCUUGGAGAAGAGGGAAUUUCUCUGUUCCGUAGACUACUAGUGGAGGGAUGCGAACCGGAUCGUGUAACUUUCUUAUCUGUUCUCUCAUGUUGUGUCCAUGCCGGAACGGUUGAAACUGGUUGCCAUUUCUUUGACUUGAUGGCGCGCUAUAAUGUGAAGUCCACGCUAAAGCAUUACACUUGUAUGGUUGAUCUACUAAGCCGUGCUGGGCAGCUCUCUGAAGCGCAUGAACUUAUAGUGAAGAUGCCGGUGGAACCGGAUGCAGUGGUGUGGAGUGCAUUGCUCGGUGGCUGUGUUAUCUGUGGUAAUGUGGAUGUCGGAGAGAUUGCAGCCCAGAAGCUUAUAGAGUUGGAACCAGACAAUGCUGGUAACUACACCCUGUUAGCAAAUUUAUAUGCUCAUGCAGGCAGAUGGUCCGAUUUGGCAAGAAUGAGAAGGAUGAUGAAAGAUCGGGGAAUGCAGAAGAGACCAGGCUGUAGUUGGAUAGAAGACAAAGACCAAGCUCAUGUUUUUCUUGCCUGUGACAUGUCUCAUGAUAGAACACAUGAGAUAUACGAUGCUCUUGAUACUUUAUCAGUUCACAUGAAAAAGGGUUUUGUAAUGUGUAUAUAAUUGUCAAGUCUCAUGACGAGCAACUGCUCCAUUUCAA